UACACCCAAGAGCUUUCAGAAUUAAAAGAUGAUUAUAAAGCACUCUUGGAACAACACUGUCAGCAGACCAAUGACCUUAAUGCUGUCCAGUUAAGUUACGACCAGAAGGUCAAGACAUUUGAAGAAAUCAGUCAGGCCUCAGUCUCUCAGCUAGGUGAAUUGGAGACCCUAAGACUGCUUGUACAGGAACGGGAUAAAACUCUUCAAGACCUCAACAUAUCCCUAUCAGAGAGGGAGAGUCAAGUCCAUGCCUCAUAUCAAGCAGAGCUAGAAACCCUUCACUUCAAACUGGAAAGCAUGUCCUCUGAGUUGGCAAAUAAGGACAAGGUUCUCAUAGCACUGGAACAGAAGUCCAAAGCAUUAUCUGAGAGAAUGAGCUGCACAGAAAGUCAACUUGAAAAAGCCCAUGCAGAGAUAAAGGAGAAGAUGGAAGAACUCGCAAGACAGCAACAAGCAGUGGAGAUGGCCGAGCAGCAGCACCAGCAGGAAAAACAAACUAUGGUAGAUGACCACCUGGUGCUGCAGAACCAGUUGGGCCCAUUACAAGCCACAGUGGAGGAGCUAAAACACACCUUAGAAGCACUUGUUGGUGAGAAAGAAUCCCAGUCGCACAAAUUUAUAAGUGAAACCAAAGAACUAAUAGAGGACAGGGAUCGAAUGAAAGGAGAGCUGGAGAAUGCACUCACUAUCAUCGCCCAGCAAUCGUCUGAACUUCAAAUCCUCCAAAACACUUGGGCUGAAACUCAACAGCAACUCGGUGAAGAAAAGGAACAGCUAAAAGUGGAGCUGGAAAAAGCACAGUCCCAUUCUGCAGAGUCCCAGGCUGAAAUGGAAAGUCAUAAGCUGCACAUGGAAUCACUACAGCAGGAAAAAGAAAGCGCCUUCAUGGUCAUAGAACAAUUAAACUGUGAAGUUGCCAUGCUGGAUGCUCAGCUAAAGGAAGCUGGAAAAGUACAUGAGGAGCUUCUUCAAAAGAUACCUGGUUUGCAGGAUAAAUCCUCUGAACAGAUUGGGGUAAUUGGGAAGGAGGUCCAGUAUCUUAAUAAGAUAUCCCCUGAAGAACAUGAGAUGAGUCUCAAGGAAAGAGAUGAUGCCCUGGUGAUUUCUCAGUCUCUGGCCACGGAAAAGGAAGAGCUUAUUGCUGCCUUGGAACAGCAACUGCAGCGGCAGAUUCACCUUCACGAAGUUGCCAUGGAAAAGAUGAGGACUGAAGUUGAUGAGCUUCAGCAGAGGUCUCAAGAAGAUGCCAGUAAAACAAAGGAUCAGGGCAACCAAAGCAAAACAGCACUUCUCACCAGGAAGCUUCAAGCAGCCUUAGUUUCCAGGAAAGAAAUCUUGAAAGAUAAUAGCUCUCUGAAGGAACAAAUGCGUAUACUCUCAGCUAAAAAUGAAGAAAUUGGGGCAUCAUCCACUGUACUGGAAAUGUCUGUUGCCAAGUUGAAACAACAAAAAGAGGACCUGGAGAGUUCUGUAUCAUCCCUGAGCAGGGAGAAAGAGAAGCUCAUUGCCGAGGUUGAUUGCAUCCUCAAUGAUAAUCACAAUUUAUCUGCAGCCUGUGAAAGCCUCAAACUCACCAUAGAAAAUAUCACCCAACAGAAACAGGCAUUUUCGUGUCAGCUUGAGUCCCUGAAAGACUCGCAGACGGAUGAGUUGUCGGAGUGGAAAUCCAAGCACACAGAGCUGAAACAGGAGUAUGAGUCACUUUUACAAGCGUACGAGAAUGUCAGUAGCGAAAUGGACAAGAUGAGACAACUAUUGGAGGGGGCAAGAAGAGAGAGACAAGAAGCGCUCGUUAAAGCACACAAAUCUGAAGCUGAAAGGGAGAAUCUGGAGAAACAAGUUGGGGAGAUGGAGGAUGAAAAUGAGAAAAUUAAUGAGAAGAUGAGAAAGUUUACUAAGGCGAAGCAGCUGAAAAUGGAAGAGCUGGAGGAGGAGAAUAAACAAAUCAGAAUAGACUUGCUAGAGUUUGAUGAUAAGCAGAAAGCCACAGUUGAAGAGUUGACUAUUAAAAACAACCACUUGGAAGCAGAGAUCCACAGCCUUGUAGAGUCCUCAGAAGCACUCAGAAGGAAGCUAACAGAGAUUCAGCUCAACAAUGACAGUCUGGCAGAGGCACUCAAAGAAGCAACCUGCUCAUUAGAAAAGUGGCCCACCGAAUCAAAAGCAUGUGAGCAAAACAUGCAGCUUAAACUAGAUGAUGCACUCAUUUUGAAUAAUUCACUGACUGCCCAGAUUGAGUCACAGAAGACAGAACUUGCUUCCCAACAGGAAAUCAAUAAAUUAAUGCAAAAGGAGAAAGAAACUCUCUCUGAAAGACUUAAACAAAUGCAGAAUAAGCAUGAAAAGGAAUUGGGAGAAAAAGACGAUGCAAUCUCAGAGCUCCAAGAAAUGAUCAACAGACACAGCCAAGAGACCACCAGCCUAAAUGAGAAGGUCAGGAUCUUGGAGGACGACAAGUCUAUAUUACAAGAGGAGCUUGAAAAUGUCCAAGAGAUCUCGGACAAAGUAAAAAAUGAGAAUGAAUAUUUGGAGAUAGUGAUCCUCAAAAACGCUGAAAGAAUUGAUGAACUGACAGAGACAGUCAAUGUUCUCCAAGCCCAGAACACACAGCUCUCCUCUCAAUUGACUGAGAGCAAAGAGAAGGCUACUCAGGUUUGCCAGGAGAAGGAGGAACAGCAGCUGAAGUUGGUUAAGGAGUUUGAGGAGAAACUCAAAAUGUUCCAGAGAGGCAAUGAGGGCUCCAGAAAUAUAAAGAAGGAGCUACAGGAACUGCUGAAAGAAAAGCAUCAUGAAAUCAAUCAUUUGCAACAUGACUCCAUCAAAUACCAGGAGCUGAUUUUAGACCUAGAAAGGUCUCUGAAGGCUUCAGAGUCAGCGCAUGAACAGGUGGAGAAGGAGCUGAGGGAAAUGACAGAGAGGAUAUCUUGUCUAGAAGAAGGGAGGAGGCAUCUUGAAGCUGAGCUUACCACACACAAGAACCUUCUCAAUGAGGCAAAGAAAGAUUUGACAAACAUUAGCUCUGAAAAAGACCAAUUGGUUGAGGUAGUAUCAGAAAAGAACAAUCAAUCAGAAUGCCAGGUCAUGGAGAGAACUAAAGCACUACAGCAUGUAGCUGAGCAGCAAAAGAGUAUUUUCAUGGAGAGGGAGGUAAUUUUACAGCAACAUAUAGAGGAACUUCUGGGUUCCAAGGAGAAGGAGAGUCAGGUAGUUUUAGAAUUGAAGAGGAAAAUAGAUUCUCAAGAUUUACAGAUGAAUACUCUGAAGAGAGAGGCUGACACUAAUUUGGCUAAGUUAGCAGCCCUGUCCUCUAGUCCUCAGGGUACCGAUGCUGUGAAACAGUGGAAUGAUAUGUUCCUAAAUACCUUGCAUGAGAAGGACAGCCAGCUUCUAGAACAGGGCUUCGUCAUAACGAGAUUCCUUGAAGACAUUCGAGUGAAGGAGAAGGAGAUGACUGAACUGCAGGUAACCAAGUCGAGGCUCGAAAGGACACUUGGUGAUUACACAGUAGCUGCCACAGCUCAGCAGAGGCAGUUGUUUAUAAUGGGUGCCAGCAAUAGAGAGCUUAACGAAACCGUGGAGCUCCUGAAUCAACAGUUGCAGGAACUGAGUGACCAGGUUGAGAGAUUAGAACAGGAUAGGAGUGCACUCAACAGACAUCUCACUGGAAGUGUAGAUUCCACAUCUAAAAUGGAGUUUGAUCUCCAACAGCUGGAAAAUACACUCUUAGACACAGAGUCCCAGCUACUCCUCUCGCAGUCUCACAGUGACAUGCUUCAGGUUGAUUCUGAGAAACAGGAGGCCAUUUCACUGCACCUGAAGUCACUACUGCAGAACAAAGAUGCAGAAAUCUCCUCUCUGCUGUCCUCCAGAGAUGGACAGAUGUCUGGGUAUCUAGAACAGCUGCAAGCCAAUCACCGUGCCCAGGUUGAAGGCUAUGAGGACAGACUAACUGCCUUGUACUAUGAAAGGGAGAAAGCUGACAAGGAGUUCAGAAGGCUGGAGAACAAAGUAAAAUCCCUUCAAAUGAAAGUUGACAAGUCCAUUCAGGAAAAGGAUAAAAUGGCUGCUCAGAUGGAAACAUUCAGGAACUCCAUGGUCUCCUUGCAGACAGAGAGAGAGCGUUUGAUGUCAGAAUAUAGGAUGUCUGAGGCAAGGAAUCAGACUGUAAUGCAAGGCAAGGAGGGGUCGGCUGAAGGAGACCUCAGUGCAACCAAGGGCCUUAAACACGAGAUUAGGACUCUCCUUCAUCAGAUGGAUGAUCUGAACUCUGAGAAUGCCAUGCUCAGGGCACAGCUGAUCAGAUAUAGAGAAGACUUGAAUCAGGUCCUGUCCUUGAAGGACAGCCAGUUGAAAGAGUUGCUCAGGAAGCAGCAAGAUGCCAUCAAAAACCUGGAAAACCAAAAAGCCACAGCUGAAAAGCAGAACCGGAAGACCCUUCUGGAACUCGAGAGGGAAGGACAGGCAAGCGAUGACUUAAAAGCUGCGAAUUCCAAACUUCAAACACAGGUCACUGAUCUGGAAGCUAACAUAUUGGCCCUGAAUAAGGGAUUGCAAGAAACGAAUAAAGGCAAAGUGAUUGCCGACUUGCAGCAUGCCGUGGCAGCCAAAGCUGCGGAAUGUAACGACCUCCAGCAAAAACUGUUUGCUCAGAAAGUGGCAGCGGAUGACUGGAAAGGCAGCCUGCAGCUCCUGGAGCGUGAGACUGAGAAGAAACUGGGAGAGGCAGAGGACAAGUACAACAGCGAGCUCGAUGCCUUUGAACAAGAAGUCGAACUGAUGAGAAACGAGAAGGAGACCGCUGACCAGAGGGUUGCUGAGCUGGCCAGGGACCUGAUGCAAACUGAGAAGCUGCUGUCCGAUGCUAGAGUCCAAAGCACGGACCUGAAGUCUCAGAACGAGUCACUGGGUAAAGCCAUGGCCGCCUUGCAGAACGACCGCGACCAGCUCAUCGAGGACUUCAAGAUCCUCCGGAACCGAUACGACGAGGAGCUCCGAGAGACCCAGGGGGCCUUGACCAAGGUGGAGAGACAUCUAGGCGACACGACCUUGGAGCUGGCCACCUUGGCCAAAGAGAGACACAUACUGGUACAGAAACUCUCUGCUCUAGAGAGCAAAGAUGCUCCCUCCCAGCUCACUUCACUGGUAGACGAGCUGUCUGUGGCCUUGUCAGAGAAGGAAGGGCAGCUCCAACGGGUUUCCCUGGAAAACGACACGUAUAGCAGUAAGGUGUCGGCUUUCUCUAGGUCCAUGGCCAGCCUCCAAGAUGACCGAGACCGGCUGAUGGAGGAGCUGGCUGGGGCAAAGAGGGCAUUCGAGUCCAGGCAAGGAUUAGGUCCAGAGGUUGUAGACAUCGCCAAUACAGGGGAGUCAAAUAGCCAUAGAAGCAGUGGUAUUCAGGCCCUUCAGACUGGGAGAGAUGGGCUGGAGACGAGACAGAGGAUGGAUGAGCUGCAGAGGGCCUUGCAGCAGGCACAGGCCUUCAAACUGCAGACUGAAGCAGCAGUCAGCGGGUACCAGGCAGAGCUGGCUGAACUGAGGUCUGAGAGUAGCAGGCUGCAGGCUGAGUGCCAGCGUCUGGCUGGGGAGAGGAAGGAGACCAUGGCCCUGGUGGGGAAGGAUGUGUCUGAUGACCCGUCACUGACCCAGCUCCAGGCGGAGAGAACUCAGCUGCAGAGUCACCUGCAGCGCUGCCUCUAUGAGAUCCAGCAGAGAGAUCUACACUGCCAGCAGCUCAACGCCAAGCUGCAGCAGGUGGUGGAGGAGAAAGGGGGUGUGUCGGCCCAGCUGAGGGCAGUGUCUCAGACGCUGAGAGACACCCAGAACCGCUGCUAUUGGCUGGAGAACCAGGCCCUGCCUAACCAGCACCACCAGGGCCUUGCAAAGCAGGGGGUGAUGUCUGUAGAAGUGCCUCCGGGAGCUCCCCAGGAGAGGAGCAGUGCUGUGGUAGACAUGGAAGCACUGGAGGCCGGCGAGCUCAGGACCAGGCUGGUGGAGGUAGAGCAGAGUGUUGUUCAGCUAAGUGAGAGUCUGGCUGAAGAGAGGACCAGGAGGGAAGCAGCCGAGGAAGCUCUGGGACUGGCUGAGGACAGAGCCAAGAGCGUUGACUCCAGUCCAUCCAGGACGACCCAGAGAGACUUCAGCAUCCAGCUGGAUACAGAGGAGGAGUGGGAGGCCCUCAUCCUCAACCCCAACGAACCCCUGGUCACACGCAAGGUGAAAGGCGGGAUGCUGGCCUGCAGGCGCUGGCUUCGGGGGCGGAGCCUGUACUGCUCCAAGCUGCUGACAUCACGGGCCCGCUCGCGCUACCUCUUCCUUGGCUACCUGCUGAUUCUGCACGUGGCUGUCCUCAUGUGCCUCACCGGCGCCCUCUAGUGCUGUGGAGUGAAAACAAUCACAAGUUGCAGAUAGAAAUAUAAUUUAUAGAUCAGACUGAGGCACGUUUCCUCCAUGACAAAGACAGUUUGUUCUGCGCAAUGUUUUUCUAUGUAGUUCACUUGACGCUGGGGGUGUUAACAUUGCAGAUACAAAUGUCAUGUGUAGACAAGACACCAUGGCCCGUUUCCUCCACGACAGAGGAAUGUCUGUUCUACUCCAUUUCGAAGUAGUUAACCAUGUCUUUUUCCCCUGGAAUGUUAUUCCACCUUUCAGAAUAAGCUGCAGGUUGUUGUCUAGUAUCCAGAGUUUUCAUAAGAGUGAGGGCUUUUGGGGUGUGUCUCAAGUCUUGUGGCUUCUUCUCCUCACCUCCUUCCCUUGGUUCUCACUGGUCUGAAAAGAAAAUGGACAGCUGAUAGUGGGUCCUUUGGUUAGAUCCUACCUUCUUGUUUUCACCCAUUUUUUUGUCAGAUCAGUGCAGACGGAGGCGAGAGGAAGAAGACUGUUAUUGACUAUUAAGACGCAGCCUUUGGAGUGUCUCAGGAGAAAGUGCCGUUUCGAUCCUGUCUGUUAUGUGUUAAAGCCUGAGACGGAACAGAAAGCCAUAUCCAUUCUACAUGAACGCUAGCCUAAGACGUGCGUACGUACGUGUGUGUGUGUGUUUGAAACACAUUUGUGUGCGCAGGUGUGUGUGUUCAUUUGCACGUGUACAAGAAAUAAACACUAGUCCACUGUAACCUCAUUUAGAUUCACCUUGGAGAACAAAGACUGGUGUAAGUCUAAGAUGAUUCAUCAACAACAUGAUGGAACUGCCCCACUCAGACUGAUGCUGAUGUCUGGCAAGACACAGAUACGGUAUUUCAGGAGAGAAGGGUGGAAAAAGCCAAUAGUACUAUUUCUGCAAAGAUGCCUAUGUAAUUGCACUGCUGCUCAACCCUUCUCCCCAAUACCAAACCCACUGUGUGCUCAACCUGGCACGACCAGGCCAUGGCACAACGUUCACUUUGGCACCCCCUGGUGUCUCCUGGGUAAUAACUGGGUGAUGGUGGCCUUCACACAAUUCUAAGGUCUAUUCUAUAGCUGCUGCAUUCAAAGCUAUGCACUAAAACUCUCAUCAGGGGGUGUUUUUUCCCUUCUCUCCUUCAGCAAAGAUAUUCAACAUAAUGUAGGGCCAGGAGUUUUAUCUGACCACGUGUCCUGAUAAGGAAAUACUGAUCUGGACCCUAGUAAUAGGAUCUAACUGGCCCCUAGUAAUAGGAUCUAACUGCACCCUAGUAAUAGGAUCUAACUGGACCCUAGUAAUAGGAUCUAACUGGCCCCUAGUAAUAGGAUCUAACUGCACCCUAGUAAUAGGAUCUAACUGGACCCUAGUAAUAGGAUCUAACUGGACCCUAGUAAUAGGAUCUAACUGGACCCUUGUAAUAGGAUCUAUCUGCACCCUAGUAAUAGGAUCUAACUGGACCCUAGUAAUAGGAUCUAACUGCACCCUAGUAAUAGGAUCUAACUGGACCCUAGUAAUAGGAUCUAACUGGACCCUAGUAAUAGGAUCUAACUGGACCCUAGUAAUAGGAUCUAUCUGCACCCUAGUAAUAGGAUCUAUCUGCACCCUAGUAAUAGGAUCUAUCUGCACCCUAGUAAUAGGAUCUGGAUCUAACUGGCCCCUAGUAAUAGGAUCUAACUGGACCCUAGUAAUAGGAUCUAACUGCACCCUAGUAAUAGGAUCUAUCUGCACCCUAGUAAUAUGAUCUAUCUGCACCCUAGUAAUAGGAUCUAUCUGCACCCUAGUAAUAGGAUCUAACUGCACCCUAGUAAUAGGAUCUAACUGGACCCUAGUAAUAGGAUCUAACUGGCCCCUAGUAAUAGGAUCUAUCUGCACCCUAGUAAUAGGAUCUAACUGGACCCUAGUAAUAGGAUCUAUCUGGCCCCUAGUAAUAGGAUCUAUCUGGCCCCUAGUAAUAGGAUCUAACUGGACCCUAGUAAUAGGAUCUAACUGGACCCUAGUAAUAGGAUCUAACUGGACCCUAGUAAUAGGAUCUAUCUGCACCCUAGUAAUAGGAUCUAACUGGACCCUAGUAAUAGGAUCUAUCUGCACCCUAGUAAUAGGAUCUAACUGGACCCUAGUAAUAGGAUCUAUCUGGACCCUAGUAAUAGGAUCUAUCUGCACCCUAGUAAUAGGAUCUAACUGCACCCUAGUAAUAGGAUCUAACUGGACCCUAGUAAUAGGAUCUAACUGGACCCUAGUAAUAGGAUCUAACUGGACCCUAGUAAUAGGAUCUAUCUGCACCCUAGUAAUAGGAUCUAUCUGGACCCUAGUAAUAGGAUCUAACUGGACCCUAGUAAUAGGAUCUAACUGGCCCCUAGUAAUAGGAUCUAUCUGCACCCUAGUAAUAGGAUCUAUCUGGACCCUAGUAAUAGGAUCUAACUGGACCCUAGUAAUAGGAUCUAACUGGCCCCUAGUAAUAGGAUCUAACUGGCCCCUAGUAAUAGGAUCUAACUGGCCCCUAGUAAUAGGAUCUAUCUGGAACCUAAAGGUUUUACCUUGUCAGAUCACAUGGUCUGAAGAAUAUCCUCCUACCCCGUUUGUGAGCAUGUACCCUGGUAAGUGUGUAAGUAAGAUGUUGUAUUUAAGGGUGGAGUGUAAAAGGGUGCAAGUGUGCACCCUUGAAAGUCUAAUGUGUGUAUUUAUGUAUCUGUAUUUGUUGCUCUGUGCCCCCCAAUGCUCUGUUGUUCACUGUACAUUUCUACUCCAUCUGUUGAUUGAUUACAUGCUGAUUGAAUCACUUGAUUGAUAGUGCAGGGUGGCAAUUCACAAAGCAGGAGACAAUAUGUCAGCCAUCUUACUUUGAGACACUUUGAAAUAUAAUUUGUAUUUCUCUGGUUCGUAUCUCAUCUGUUUCAAGUUUAGCAUGGGACGAACUGAGAGAAUGUCAUACUUAUAACAAGUGUGUUUUACCUCUCUGCACUAGGAAAUAUGAAGCCUGAGUGACAAGCUGUUUGUUUGUGCCAUCAUGCCAACUCUUUCUCACUCAUUGUUAUACCAAACACUUUUGGCUUGACAAUGAGCAAUGGAGUUGGCCAGAACACAAACAGAUUUGGGACCAGGAUAGGAAAUCUGGUGUUUCAGAAUAUUUACGGUAGUUAGCCAGCUGAGCUAAAAACAUUGCUCCUGCUUUGUGGGAUACCACCAUAGAGAAUGAUAGAGGCCUCUAGUGGCCAAAAGGCUGUAUUAGCAUGGGCAUCGCCAUUGAGGGCUUCCACUAUUCUAAUGCAGUCAACUGGGUUGGACUUCCAACUUCAUUGGCUGAUCCCUCCUGGUGACCCUGUUGGAGUCAUGUCCAACCGGGUCAUUAGGAGGGAUCAGCCAAUCGUGAAGAAUAAAAUUGACGACUUUAAUGACACUGCCUAUGCUGUCACAGACAUCCUCUAUCUCCCUGUUCUAACGUUGGUGUUAUGGUACCAUGGUCCUGAUGCUCUGUAUGUAUAUGGUGUGAUUGAAAGGAUGACAAAAUACAUCUAUUUAUAAGACGAAAUGCUACUGAGUGAAACCGAAAUGUCAUAUUUUCUAAAUAGGGUCUAUUUUUUAGAAGUCAAAUUGUUUGGGACAGCAAUAUUACACGUGUGCAAUACUUUGCGAGAGAGGUUGACUUUUACGAAAGAAAGGAAUUUUAAUAAAGCUGUUUGAAAAAGACGGAGAUGCAAGUUA